UCGGUCAGCGGGUGCAAGUCUGCGAUAGCAGCGGCUGCGGCUCUGUCUGGAUCCCGCACUGUAAAUUACAGAAGCCCACCUCCUCUGGAAGACCGUGCUUCUCCCAUUAUGGGCGACAAGAAAUGCCCAUCCAGGCCAAAAAGACAAGCCAAGCCCUCUGCAGACGACGGAUUUUGGGACUGUAGCGUCUGCACCUUCAAAAACAGUGCAGAGGCAUUCAAAUGCAGUAUAUGUGAUGUGCGCAAAGGAACAUCUACAAGAAAACCUCGAAUAAACUCUCAGCUCGUGGCGCAGCAGGUGGCUCAGCAGUACGCCUCCCCUCCCCAAGCCAAGAAAGAGAGGAGGGACCGCACAGACCGGGAGCUGCCCGACGACGACCACUACGACAUGGACAACUCGGACUCGGACAGACCGAGCAGCGUCCACCCUGACUCAGACCAGCCAGACAGGCUGGCCCCGGAGUGUGGCCAGGCCGACCGGGGUCACGCGCCCAGAGACAGGAGGCAGGAGCGUGUUGGACUGGACAAGCACCAGCAGCACCAGCUCCAAGCUGACAGGAGGCUGGAGAGGCCGGCCCUGGCCCAGGAGCUGCUGGCCCAGGGGGAGCAGCCUCACGCGGGACUGAUGGAUAAGGUCCAGCCACACAGGCAACACAUGGACAAGGAGCAUGUCCACGCUGACCGCGAGUCCGAGGCCCAGGGUGAGAAGGAAGACCUUAAGAAGGGCAAGCUGGAGAGGACGCUUGUGGACAAACUCAAAGAGAGGGAGAAGGGUCUUGCGGCCAGCAAAAAGCCCGCUGCUAAGAAGAUGAAGCCCAAGCACAUUCAUAAAGGUCCUCCUAGUGAAAGGAAUAGCUUGAAGUCUGGCAAAUCAGCCGCUAAGAGCAACAAAUCUCUUAUUUCACGACCGAAGCUGAAGAACAUAGACCGGAGCUCGGCUCAGCAGUUAGCUAUAACGGUGGGCAACGUGACUGUCAUCAUCACAGACUUUAAGGAGAAGACCCGUUCGUCCUCCACCUCCUCCUCCACUGUGACCUCCAGCGCUGGGUCUGAGCAGCAGCACCUGAGCUCCAGCUCCGAGAGCACGGACAAGGGCUCGUCUCGUGCCUCCACGCCACGCCGAGACCUCGCCCCUGGAAACGGCGAGGUCCUGUAGAAAGGUGUUGGUCUGGAACCCUUGACGCUCGCCUUCAGGAGGCUCACCUGUAACUGAUAUACUUUACCAUAAAAGGAUGAAGGAUCGUCGUCAUGCAUGGAGACCGUUUCCAUCUUGAUAUUCUGCCACAAGCUUUUCAGUGGUCUAACGCAUAUUCCCAUGAAAGGACUGUAGAUUCGUAUGUUGUGGAAUCAGCAUUAUUGAAUGGACGUUGAAAUCCACUGAAUAUAUUUGAGCCUUAGAUCUCCAGUUUUGUGUGAUUUCUCUACACUAGGACAAUUGCCUGUAUGACUUUGGUGAUUCUCCUGCAAUCCCCAAACAAUAUUAUGCCACUGUAUAUGUUAGUUGGAAGGUGUUACAGUUAAGAGAGGACCAUUAUAUAGAUCCAAGAGAGACCCUUCUACUUGUUAUUUCUCAAAGUAAUGCCUGUAUGCAUAAACUGUGAUAAUGGGGACAAAUAAUAUAGUAAAUGGCCAAAUUUGAAAUACAAACAGUGAACAGACUAUUUAGUGUAUUUAUUUAGUGCAAGCAAUUCUGUUCUUGUGUAUGAUUUGUAACCUUAAUUUACUAUGUAAAGAUGGUUACAUAUAAUUAAUACUUGUCUUAAUAUGGAUUAUUCCUUUUAUGUUUAUUUGUGGUGUAUUUGGUAUUUUACACAGUUCUUUUCUUGUACUUUUGACAUCUUAUCCCAGUUAUUGCGUGUUAAAAUAUAGCUAUUAUCACGUGCACUAUUUCUCUCAGUGCUGCUUGGUCAUUUCUUCUGCCUCAGACUGAAGUCUGUGUUUCUGAACUUUGCUUGUGGCCUAGUCUUCAUUUCCAAUAAAGUUACUGCGUUUGUUUAA